AUGCUUCAGUCAGCAGAAGAAAUACUCCAAUUCCUCGAGAAAGUGUUUAGCGACCCCAAUAGGAGACACACUGCACAAACUGAGUACUGCAAGCUAUACCAGGGCAAGAAUACCUUUGCAACAUUCUGGGCUGAAUUUCAGAGACUCACAGCAGAGCUGGAUUACUCAGAGGAGACUGAGAACUACCGUUACACCACCGACCGCGACUCGGAAACUGCGACGGAGCUGAGACCUGACGACUUCAAAUAG